AUGCCUCCUCGUACAUCAGCCCGGAGGAAGGUGCAAGCCGUCGUUGAGACCAAGGUCGAAGAAGAGAUUCCUGCCAAGGCGAACGGAACCAAGAGCACAACUGUCGCUGUCACGAAGACUAAGACUGCAGCUGCAACUAAACCAGUUGGAAAGCGCAAGGCCGAGCCUGAAGACGAGCACGAGUGCGGCAGCUGUGCCGAGGAGGAAGAAGAAGAGGAGGAGAAGCCUGCCAAGAAGAGAAAGACCGCCACCACCAGAGGCAAGGCGAAGAAAGACGGCGACAUGCCGCUUGCAGGCCGGACGGCGGUCUCCUCGCUCAAGAAAGCGAUGUAUAUUGGUGCCCAUGUGAGCGGCGCAGGAGGCGUACAAAACUCGAUCCAGAACGCCGUUAACAUCGGCGCCAACGCCUUUGCGCUCUUCCUCAAGUCUCAGCGGAAAUGGGAGAGUCCGCCGCUGGCAGCCGAUGCAAAGACGCAAUUCCUAUCUCUCACGAAGCAGCAUUCCUACGACGCCGCCGCCCACGUCCUGCCCCACGGCUCGUAUCUCGUCAACCUCGCGCAGGCGGACGCCGCCAAGGCCAAGCAGGCGUACACCAGCUUCUUGGAUGACCUGCAGCGCUGCGAGCAGUUGGGGGUCAAGCUGUACAAUUUCCACCCGGGCAACACGGGCGGCGAAGCGCGGGAGGAGGCGUGCGGGCGGAUCGCGGCGCAGUUGAACGCCGCUCACAAGGCGACCAAGACGGUGGUCACGGUGCUGGAGAACAUGGCGGGCGCGGGAAACGUCAUUGGCACCAAGUUUGAGGAUCUGAAGCAGAUUAUUGACAAUGUCGAGGACAAGGAAAGGGUUGGCGUCUGCAUCGACACGUGUCAUGCCUUUGCGGCCGGGUACGACUUGCGCACGCCGGAGAAGUUUGAGGAGGUGAUGAAGGAGUUUGACGAGGUUGUUGGGAACAAGUACCUCAAGGCAUUCCACCUGAACGACAGCAAGGCCCCCUUUGCCUCGCACCGCGACUUGCACGCAAACAUUGGUACGGGUUUCCUCGGCCUGCGGGCGUUCCACACGCUCGUGAACACGGAGCUGUUCCAGGACAUGCCGAUGGUUCUCGAGACGCCCAUCGACCGCAAGGACGAGAACGGGAAAUCGGUCGAGGACAAGCAGGUUUGGGCGGACGAGAUCAAGCUGCUGGAGCGGCUGAUUGGUAUGGACGCCGAGAGCGACGAGUUCAAGGAGCUCGAGGCGGAGUUGCAGAAGCAGGGCGAGAGCGAGCGGAGCAAGAUCCAGGACCAGGUCGAUCGCAAGGCGGCCAAGGAUUCGAAGAAGGGGGCCAAGGCGACGAAGAAGGCGCCUGCUAAGGGCAGGAAGAAAAAGGUCGAGACCGAUGACGAGAGCGAGUAA